UUGGGUACGCGGUACUGGUUCGUCUUUCUCCGUUACAGUCGACAGUUCUGGCAUUAUUUUCGGAAGAUGACGACUUGGGAAGGAUUCUUGCCGUAUACCUGUAAGCUGGUGCCUUUCGAAUACCACUCUGCGUGUUAUCCUUGAAGAACAUGAUCGUAGAAACUGAGGUACGAGCUGGAGUCGUAACGGUGGUCGUCUGACCAUGAUGAGCGGUGUUGGAGGGUGUUGGCGAGUUGAAUGAGAAUCAGAUUAGAUAAGAUGUUGAGGCUAAAGGCUUAUCACCGCUUUCGAUUCCCUUCAGAAUAUUAUUCACUUGUCCUCAAAGCUGCCAUGGAUAAUCCAAUAUAUUAUGCUCGCGCAGAGUACAUCGAAACAGACACAGGCAACAAGGUCUCCAGGCGUGCCACGAUUGCUGGACCUCAGAAUAUAAUUCUAGGAGGGAAGACUAUCAUCGCGAGUGGCGCGAUAAUUCGUGGUGACUUGCGUCGGACUGGUCCAGGACAUGCCGUAGUCAUUUCCCUAGGACGCUAUUGUCUCGUUGGUGAAGGAUGUGUUAUGAGACCGCCGUAUAAGACGUACCGGGGCAACUUCAACUACUACCCAAUGAAAAUCGGGGACCACGUUCACAUCGGGAGCAAUACAGUUGUAGAGGCUGCUACCAUCGGUAACCAUGUUGACAUAGGAAAGAACUGUGUUAUUGGCAAGUUCACGAUCAUAAAGGACUGUGCAAAGAUUGCGGAUGGUACAAUCGUGCCACCGAAUACCGUUAUUCCAGCCAUGUCUCUAUUCGCAGGAUCUCCAGCCCAAUUCGUGGAAGACCUACCCGAAUCAACGCAAGAAAUGGUCGAGGCGUAUACGAAGAACUAUUACACGCGCUUUCAACCUAUGCCUACAGAACGAUGACACGUUACUGUUCGUUUCACCCCUCCAUAUACCCUGCUAUCUCGAUACCUCCCUCUCUGCACGUAGUCGGUCAGUUGCUGCUUUAUUUCUUCUGUCUUGUGAUGCAACCAAUAGAAGUCAAGCCCUGACACCCGGUUAUAUGAAUCGGCGUUGUGUGGAUGUAUAUUCGUGCUGAAGCCUUGUUUCCACAUAUCUUCGCUUUCCACGUCGUACCGUAGAUGAUGCUAAUGUCAUCUGUUCUCUUGCAGGUACUUUCUACGGCACAAUUUCUAAUGCUGAAGUCAUCUCUUAUGUGCUCGCUCUGUUAAUAUUUCUUCUGAAUGAAUACUGUCAUCUGGCCUCUUUUCCAUCCACUAGGCAUGUGAAUGAGGGUCAUCCUUGAAACGUGUGAAUCAUAAUG